GGGAAACAACCUCCUCCUAAAACCCUACUUAGUUCUCACUUCUCAAAUAGUCAAAUUCUAGCACAAAAUUAUUGUCGUAACGUAAAGUGCCUGAAAAUGCCGUCCUUUCCGCAACCCGGAACCGUCACCAUUUGCGAAAUCAACAGAGAUCUCAUUACUGCUGAUAAUUUAUCCGAUAAUGUAUCUAAGGAAAGCUAUGGAAAAGUUAUUGGUAUGCUGUUUAAUCCUGUGGAAUUUGAAUCUGAUAGUCUACUAUUGCCGGAUCGCAAUAGUAAUGCUGGUGAUGAACAAGGAGGAAUCCCGGAGAAUGGUUUUCCAGCUUUGAUUGGUGUUGUGAAGCGGAUUUUUUGCCCUAAUGAUAUGCAUUUGCUGCCAGAAGUGAAUUUACAAGGAGUGUCUUGGCACCAACACAAGCAUAUAUUGGCUUUUAUAUCUGGGCCGAAUCAGGUUACUAUUCGUGACUAUGAUGAUCCUGAGGGCAAGGAACCUAGCAUUUUGCAUGGUGAUUUUCAGAGAGAAGUUAAAGUUGUUGAAUGGAGACCAAACAGCGGGAGAACACUCUCCGUUGCAUGCAGGGGUGGAGUUUGCAUAUGGGCCGCUUCAUAUCCUGGCAAUCCAGCAUCUGUCAGGUCUGGGGCUGCCCCUUUUGUGGGCUCUAUUUCCAAGGGCUCUGGCAUGAGAUGGACACUGGUGGAUUUUCUUAAGAGUCACAGUGGUGAGCACAUUUGUGCACUGUCUUGGAGUCCUGAUGGAAGAUACUUAGCAACAGGUUCUUAUGAGAGCUCAGCUUUCACCAUUUGGGACGUUUCUCAAGGUCAUGGAGAUCCUAUUCGACGAGGAUUAGGAGGCAUAUCAAUCUUGCGAUGGUCACCUUCUGGGGAUUACUUUUUUGCAGCCAAGUUUGAUGGAACAUUUUAUCUGUGGGAGACUGGGACGUGGACAUCACAACCUUGGUCUUCAAGUAGUGGCUUUGUUACGGGAGCUUCAUGGGAUCCGGAUGGACGUAUGAUAUUGCUUUCCUUCUCUAAAUCCUGUACCCUGGGAUCAAUUCACUUUGCAUCAAAGCCUCCAUCUCUUGUUGCGCACUUACUUCCGGUUGAGCUACCCGAGAUAGCAACUCUAACGCGCAGUCAGACAAUUGAGAAGAUAGCUUGGGAUGCUUCAGGAGAACGCUUGGCCUUGUCUUUUAAAGACGGAGAUGAAUCAUACCAGGGUCUUAUUGCCAUAUAUGAUGUUAGAAGGACUCCGUUGAUAGCAACUUCACUAGUUGGAUUUAUCAGAGGCCCUGGGGACAGUCCCAAGCCAAUUGCAUUUUCUUUCCAUAAUAAGUUUAAACAGGGACCUUUGCUAUCUGUGUGUUGGAGCACCGGAUUUUGCUGCACCUACCCUCUUUUGUUUCGUUCUCACAUCCUUCCUUAGUUAAGGCUAUUGAUUGUAGCUUGUGAAAGGUAGUCCUUGGCGUGAAUCUGCCAUCACCAUUUUUGUUUUGUCGAGUAUGUUCAAGGUUUAUUUGAAGUGAAUGACUUAACUUUCACAUGUCGUCUUGUUUAUGGAGAAGUUAAACCCGCCAUUGUCCAAUUCUGCAACUACUCGCAAACAAAAUCCCCUUCGUGUAUUUGUUUCCACACAGUGGCAGUUUGUUCUCCUCGCUGAAGGAUAGUCCGUAGAAUAUAAUACUAUAUAUUUUCUGAAAACAAAAGACAACAAGGAUCCCAGGCUGCUUCGUAUGUUUUAUUUUAACUGUAUAUUCAAGUUCAGUCAUUAGUAGAGUAUUAUAAAAACUCUCCAUGUCUGACAUUUUUCGCACGAAUUGCAAGCUUAUUCUUGUGGACGAUAGAUGCUGUGUCAAAUUCAUCAAGUGUUGAUUAUUGUUGCAAUUUUUUUAGGGUGAACGCUACCCAAUGUGAAUCCUUGAAUGGCUUUUUCUGCAAUGUUACACAAUAAGCAACUUGUUUUUCUUUAUUCUUGUAGUAAUCUUUAGAACAACAAUUCAAAAGACUACCUUGCACCUUAGCUUAAGUCUAGUUUCACCUUGCCUAGAUGAUUUAUUUUAGUUUAAUAUGAUUAAAAAUAUGUGUAUGUUUAGUUUGUGUUUAAUAUUUAAUUAAAUAUUAUAGCAAUUGUUUAGAUGAUUUAAUCAUCGGUGUGAGUGACAACCUGUGAUGAAAAUGU